AUGUCAUUCAGCGAACAAAGGAUCUCGUCAUCGGCUUCCACGACCCAUCCAAAUGGGACCAUUCGACCCGCUAGACCUCCUUCAGUAUCUUCUCUGAGACAUACACAUACACAUAAUCGUGUACAGUCACAUUCACAUUCAAGAAGACAAUCUAUAGAUACCAUAGAAGGGUAUUCUCAACCACCUUCGCCUAUUACCUAUUUUCCCAAUCCAUCUACUUUCCUAUCCAAUACCAACGCUUCCUCGUCAUCUUCAUCUUCACCCAAAGUCAGUACAUUGUCAAUGUCAAACAGCGUCACCUCUUUACCCGAAGAAGAAAGCGAAAGUCUGGGUCCAACACCUAGGAUGUCGUUGGUUAAUUUGGAUUCUGCCAAUUCCAGUCCUCGUUUAUCCAGAGGUGGGACAAAUAUGGAGCAUCGCAGGAGAUCUAGUGCUCAGCAGGGACAAGGUGUCGGAUCACUUAGGACAUUUUCAACUCCUAUAAAUGGAUAUGGAUCUACGAAUAACAACAAUAAUCCAGGAUUAGGUUUAACACCUUCCAUAUCAAAUCUUCACAACAACGGCAACAACGAUGCAACAUUAUCUUCACCAAGGAGGAUAUCAACUUCUCGUGUUCCACCUCCUUCUCGAUUGACCCCACCCCAGGGAUUACUCAAUUUACCCACACAUGAAGCUUACUAUGGAACUUCUGCUUCACAACCAGGUACAGCUACGACCUCUAGAUUUAGGGAUAAAGACCUAGCUCAUCCACAUACUGCUAUUCCCCAUCAUUCCCAUUCACUUUCCGCUCAACCAUAUAACUCUUCUUCAUCUUCGUCAAAUUCACACUCACACAGAAGACAUCUAUCUGUCAAUUCUCAGAUGAACUCACCUCUGUUCCCUAAACAACCUGCGUCGUUACAUUUACAGAGUCCCACAGGAUCGGUCAUGCGAAGGAUCAGGAAGACUGCUAGUACGAUUGGAAUGGGUUUUGGUAGACCGGAUAAAUACGAUGAUGAGACGUCGAGGGGGAGACCGGAAGAUGAGAUGUUGGAGGAUGAUGAAGGGGAGAGAGCGAAUGGAAUGAGGGUGUGGUAUAGCUCGUACGUUACCAUCGACUGGAUACACGAUGCGAUCAAAGAGUCCUCACGAGUCCGUCGACUACGCCACGCAGCUCAUCGGUCCAUACGAGGUAAACUCGCCAACUCUUGGGAUAGAUUCCAAGGAUGGCUAGUAGUGACCAUUAUCGGCAUCCUCUCGGCUGUAAUUGCAUUCUUCAUCAUCCGAACUGAGAUGGCUCUGUUCGAUUUGAAAGAGGGUUUUUGCGGAUCGUCAUGGGGUACAGCGAAGAGAUUCUGUUGUGCACCCAGACAUCCUUCCAGUCCUCGCGAUGCUGGAGAGACGGAGAGUUGUGGAGACUGGAUUGAAUGGGGGGAAUUCUUCGCUCCGAAUGAGAAAGGCGGGCCGGAAGGUGCUUGGAUAUGGGGCGGACCAGAGUUUGUCGCUUAUACAAUUGUAGCGAUUUCCCUCGCCACCCUCGCAUCACUCUUGACUGUCUAUCUCACUUCGUCAGCCCAACAUACCACGUCCAAAGACUCUACAUUCCUCACACCGCCUUCUGACCAACCCGCAGACCAUUCAAAACCCAAGACCCUGUCUAGAGCUCAAUCGUCCACCAACACGAAUGAGAGACAACCACUGCUAGAAGGAAUCGCCAAUGAACCUAUCACUCCCCUGAUCGAAGCUUUCCCAAGUACCGAACCACCUAGGAAGAUAAUGUAUUAUGCUGCUGGAUCAGGUAUACCAGAGAUAAAAACGAUCUUAAGUGGAUUUGUGAUCCAUGGGUAUCUAGGUGGAUGGACCUUGAUUACCAAGUCGGUCGGACUGGCGCUGAGCGUAGCGAGUGGAUUGAGCUUGGGUAAAGAAGGUCCAUUGGUACAUAUCUCAUCGUGUGUGGGGAAUAUCGUUUCGAGGUUAUUCCUGAAGUUCGAAUGUAAUGAGGCUAAAAGAAGAGAGAUAUUAUCGGCCGCUUGUGCUGCGGGUGUAUCAGUCGCUUUUGGUGCGCCGGUCGGAGGGGUAUUGUUCUCUUUGGAAGAGGUGUCGUACUACUUCCCACCGAAGGUAAUGUGGAGGAGUUUCUGGUGUGCUGCUGUCGCUGCGAUCACGUUGAAAACACUCAACCCGUUCGGUAAUGGUACUUUGGUUCUGUUCGAGGUGACAUAUACCAAGGAAUACCAUUAUUGGGAAUACAUCAUCUUUGUGAUUUUGGGUGUGUUUGGAGGACUAUACGGCGCGGUAUUCGCUCGACUCAAUAUUAUAUGGAGUAGGGAAGUCAGAGGAGGAACCUGGUUGAAGAAUCACCCUAUAUUCGAAGUUGCAUUGGUCACCCUUCUCACCACGAUUAUAUCGUUCCUCAACCCGUACACCCGGAUGGGUGGAACAGAGCUAGUAGCUAGUCUAUUCGAAGAAUGCAAACCUUCUUCAUCCAACAGCAUCUGUGUCAAUCAUCCGCAUGAGAUCGCCUCAGUCAUCUGGAGUAUAGGAACGGCUCUGCUCAUCAAAGGGUGUUUGACAAUCAUCACCUUCGGUAUCAAAGUACCUGCCGGUAUUUUCAUCCCAUCACUCGUCGUCGGAGCAUGUUUCGGACGGAUUGUAGGAUUGGUUAUGGAAUAUAUCGAAUUUGCUUAUCCCUCUUUGGGUAUAUUCGACGUGUGCAGAGAAACGGAUUGUAUAGUUCCUGGAUUAUACGCUAUGAUCGGGGCCGCUGCUACUCUCGCCGGUGUCACACGUACCACCGUUUCCCUCGCUGUGAUCAUGUUCGAACUCACCUCGACUCUCAACUAUGUCGUUCCGGUCAUGUUGGGAGUGUUGAUCGCUAAGACAGUGGCAGAUGGGUUGGAGAAGAAGGGUAUAUACGAUCUGGUCAUCGAUCUAAAUCAAUUACCCUACCUCGACCAGAAACACGAAUACCUCUGGGGCUCACGGCGAGCCUCAUCCAUUGCAGAUCGAUCUGUCCCCAUUCUUCGAGCGGAUAAACAACAUACCGUCCGAUCACUUACUGGUAAAUUACUGGAAUUGGUCAGAUUGGGUAUGGCAGAUACUGGUUUCCCCGUAUUAGUCAAGGAAGUGACCGCCAAUGGAGGAAAUCCGGGUUUGGGGCUGGAAGGUGGUUUAUCAUCGGGCAGAGAGAGAAGUUGUCUUAGAGUGGUGGGGUUUUUGGGCAUGAAUGAAUUAGAACAUGCUUUGUCCGAACUUUCCGAUGAACCCGAUGCGACUCUCAACCUAAUGCCAGACGACGCAUCAGUCCACCGAAGUAGAUCAUCAGCCAUGUCUAUCUUCUCUUUCGCGGACUCUUACGUCGAUGGAGCUUGGUCACCUUAUGAUCUUAGUAGAUAUGUCGACAGGGCACCAAUAACAGUACAAAUUCACUCUCCGCUCGAAGUUGUCCAACAGCUAUUCGCGAAAUUAGGUGUAAGGCAGAUAAUAGUCACGAAUUCGAGAGGGGUGUUUCAGGGGAUGGUAACCAAGAAAGGAUGGUUGAAUUUCUUGGGUGAAUUGGAGGAAGAUGGGCAUUAG